AGACCUUCUUCUGAAUCACAUGUACAACAAUGCCCUACUGUAAUAAUCUUAUAAAAAGCCUUGAACAUUUUUCUCGGUUCAUAAUAUUAUAGGAAUCAUAAACAUAAGGUGGAUGCAGAGAAAGAAAGUUCGUAUAAGCUAAAAUCCAUAUACACGAAUGUGUUCUGUCUUUGAUUAUACGAACCAUCUACCUUGAAACCUCAUUUAUUGAUUUCGUUCUCUUUCCGUAUAAAUCGGUAGAGGCUUGUUUAUAGAUCCUAGCUUAAAGAUUACUGGGAAAUUUCAAAUGAAGCUAAGGCUUGAUUGACAGUUUAUAAUUUAACUCAUCAAAGUCCAAAGCCCAAUGUCUAUUGAAUUUGAAUGGUCCAAGCUUGAUUCAGAGUUAGAAGAAAAGCUCUUUCAUAUAUUAGAAGAUCGAGUUUCAAAGCUAGACCUGCCAAGCUAUAUUAAAAACCUCAAGGUUACUGGGUUUCAUUUCGGUGACAUACCACCUCAAAUAAAUAUUCAGGAUAUAGGAGACCCAGACCCUCAGUUUUACGAAGAUGAAGUUUUGGACCAGGUGAAUGAUGAACUAGAAGGUAAUACUUCUUUCAGAACGAAUUUCUCAACGUCAGUUUCUGAUUUACCUCCUUAUGGAGCUGAGUAUAGGUUUCCGAGGCUUGCUUAUUUUCAUCCAGCGAUUAGUACACCUGGGAUUAUUUCAGCCAGUGGACUCACAAGUCCUCUUAGAGGAGAACGUCCUAUAUUAGCUUCGGAAAGCCGUGAGGAACGAAACCACUCAGAUGACUUUCAAGUGACCAUCCGUGUACAGUAUGAUGGGAAUGCUAGUUUGAGUUUGGAAGCAAGUAUAUCUAUUAAUUAUCCUAAUUCCGAGUUUGUCAGUCUUCCUUUUCAACUAGUAUUUAAGGAAAUAUCCAUUGACGCGACCGCUGUGUUGGCGAAAAUGGGUUCUCGUACCCAUCUUUGCUUCGUCGACACUUUGGCUCAUGGUUCAGAAGAAAAUGCUUCUAGCGUAAUAAAGAAUCUCAAAAUUGAAAGCGUUAUUGGAGAAUCGAAUCGACAGCUCUUAAAAAAUGUCGCCAAAGUGGAGCGUUAUGUUUCACAAAAAGUUAAAAGAAUUAUUGAAGAUGAGUUAGUCUGGCCUAGUUAUCUUACGUUUGAAUAGAAAGUCAGUUUAAUUUUUAAUGAAUUGU